UCAGUCAGAAGCCGCUUUCCCAUUGAGGAAUACCGGUUAGCUUAAACCUAUGAUUCUCAUCGGUCUGCUCGGCUUGUUUUGGUCCCUUUUCUCAGACGGAGAGGCGGUUUGCACAUCAUCGUCACAGGAUUGAACCUCAGCAGCUGAGACGUCGACUCCCUUUUCAACGCACUGCUACAGGUUUCAGGCAUGGCCAUGUGGAAAGUGACAUAACCUCACAUUCUCUGCCGGUUCAUGUCUGAGGACAGCGACUCAAAGCUCUAUCAGUUCUCCGCUCUGGACGGCCACGAACGGGUCGGUUACCGGGCUGAGGAAGAGCAAGGCCACCCGCGUGGCUCCAUGAGCCAACUACACCGUAUGGCCAGCAGUUACGGCGAGGGCUGCGGCGUGCAGGACGGGGGGGAGCUAGAACCCGAGUUAGGACUGGCGUCCGAGGGGAGCGACAGCGGACACGAGCACACGGCCUCUCUGCGCUCCCCGCACGAUGACAGGAAGCGCCAGCGGACGCCCCUCCACGAGGACGUGGAGAUGGGCGGCUCGAGCGGGAGCGGGACGGAAUCCCAUGGCAACGAAUCUCACGGAAACGAGUCCCACGGCAACGAAUCCGUGGGAAGUGUGAACGGCAACGGGAAGGAUUCUGCUAUCAUGGAGUCAUCAGGAAGCAAUAAGAGCUCCAACUCCCACAGCCCGUCUCCGCCGAGCAGCUCCAACGCCUUCAGCCUGGUGAGCUCCGAGCAGGACAAUCCGUCAACCAGCGGCUGCAGCAGCGAACAGUCGGCCAAAGCCAAGACUCAGAAGGAGCUCUUCAAGACUCUCAAGGAGCUCAAGAUGCACCUGCCUCCAGAAAAGAGAAGCAAGGGCAAAUCCAACACCGUCAACACGCUCAAAUAUGCGCUGCGGUGUAUCAAGCAGGUUAAAGCUAAUGAGGAAUACUACCAGAUGCUGAUGAUCAAUGACAGUCAUCCGCCUGGCUUUGACGUGUCGUCGUACACCAUAGAAGAAAUCAACACCAUCACCUCCGAAUACACGCUGAAAAACACCGACAUAUUUGCUGUAGCGGUGUCCCUCAUCACGGGGAAGAUUGUUUACAUCUCGGACCAGGCUGCCUCCAUCCUGAACUGUAAGCGGGAAGUUUUCAACAAUGCUAAGUUUGUGGAGUUCCUGACGCCGCAGGAUGUCAGCGUGUUCUACAGCUUCACCACGCCGUACCGCCUCCCCUCGUGGAGCAUGUGCACCGGAGCAGAGUCGUCUCCCACGGAGUGCAUGCAGGAGAAAUCCUUCUUCUGCCGCAUCAGUGGGGGGAAGGAACGGGAGGGGGACCUCCAGUACUAUCCUUUCCGGAUGACGCCCUACCUGAUGAAAGUCCAAGACGCGGAGCUGUCGGAAGAGCAGUUCUGCUGCCUCCUGUUGGCUGAGAGGGUGCACUCUGGUUACGAAGCUCCCAGGAUUCCUCCAGACAAGCGCAUCUUUACCACCACACACACCCCUAACUGCGUGUUCCAGGAUGUGGAUGAGAGGGCCGUGCCUCUGCUGGGUUACCUUCCUCAGGACCUGAUUGGGACUCCCAUUCUGCUUAAUCUGCACCCAAGCGACCGGCCAUUAAUGCUGGCUGUGCAUCGCAAAAUUCUGCAGUGUGCCGGUCAGCCGUUUGACCAUUCCUCGAUCCGGUUUUGUGCAAGAAACGGUGAAUACAUCACCAUCGACACCAGCUGGUCCAGCUUUGUGAAUCCCUGGAGCCGGAAGGUGUCCUUCGUCAUCGGGCGGCACAAAGUUCGCAUGGGUCCUGUCAACGAAGAUGUCUUUGCAGCGCCGGCUUUCCACGGAGGGAAGAUGAUGGAUUCAGACAUCCAGGAAAUCAGCGAGCAGAUCCACAGGCUGCUGCUGCAGCCGGUUCACAACAUGGGCUCCAGUGGCUACGGCAGCUACGGCAGCAACGGGUCCCACGAGCAGCAGGUGAGCAUCAGCUCCUCCAGCGAAAGCAAUGGGAACGUCCCAGCAGGGAGCACGGCGGAGGAGACGGGCAAAACCAAACCCUCCAGGACCUUUCAGGAAAUCUGUAAAGGAGUCCACAUGCUGAAGAACCAGGACCCUCACGUCUGCAUGCGCACCUCGUCAGUGUGGCAGUCCAAACCGGAGCAAAGAAAGGCCACAGACACUCAGAGGAGCUCAGGGGUCCGCGUGAGAGACUCCGCCCCUCAACCACACUACAGAGACAACGCCGCAGCCAGCAUGGACGACUUCACCUACAAAGACCAGUCUGUGUGCUCCUACCAGCAGAUCAGCUGCCUCGACAGCGUCAUCAGGUAUCUGGAGAGUUGCAACGUCCCCAUCACGGUGAAAAGGAAGUACCAGUUCUCAUCGAACACCACGUCUUCAAACUCAGAUGACGACAAGAGGGGCUCAGAAGACGGAAUGCAGGCGCCUCAGGGGACGCACACAGAUCCUUUGAUGCUGGACGCCCAGCCUGGCCUGUCAAACAUGAAAGCGCCGAAGAAGCCCCCGUCCGGGGCCGCCGCUGUGGUGGGGGGCACCCUGGCGCCCCUCGCUCUGCACAGCAAGGCUGAAAGCGUUGUGUCCAUCACCUCGCAGUGCAGCUACAGCAGCACCAUCGUCCACGUAGGAGACAAGAAGCCUCAACCGGAAUCUGAGAUCAUCGAAGACGUUGCAGAGAGCCCAGCGCCCCCUGCUGUGCCGGUCAGUAUGGUGUCUCCACCCAGCCAGGAGAAGGAGGCCUACAAGAGGCUGGGACUGACCAAGGAGGUGCUGGCGGCGCACACCCAGAAGGAGGAGCAGGCCUUCCUGAACCGCUGCCGAGAGCUCCGCACGGCCAGGAGCUUCCAGAAGGAAUGCUCCUCCUGUCUGCUCACCCAGCGAGGCGCAGCCAACGCCGAAGACUCGCCUGGUCAACAGGGAGCUGCCAAACCAGGUCUGACCAGGCCAGAGACGACGGCGAGGAGGGGCAACCGCAACAGAAAGUCCAAGAAGCCGCGAAUGAAGCAUCCCGACUCGUCGGACAGCGCCGUUUCCAAUCGCAAACCCCUGCCCCCACUUCAAGGCCUCAAUCAGACAUCUUGGUCCCCGUCUGAAGCUUCCCAGUCAGCUUUUAACGUGUCCUACCCCACCAUGGUGCCUGCGUAUCCGCUGUACCCCCCGACGCCUGCCGCGCCGGCCCAGGGCUCCCGCCCCGACGCAUCUCUGCCCUCCGCCUUCAGAGAGGGGCAGAACGCUCAAGCUCCCCCGCCUAGCACUCCGUUCCCGACUCCGAUCGUUACGCCUGUGAUGGCUCUGGUUCUGCCCAAUUACCUGUUCCCCCAGUUAGGACAGUUGAAUCAGAUGGGCCAGCUGGGCGCGGCGCCGAGGCCGGCGUUUUUCGCCGAACAGACUCAGCCACAGCCGGCGUAUUCUACCCAGCAGGCCUUUCAGACGCCUCAGGCGGCGUACCAAAUGCAGACGCAGCCUUCCUUCGCCCCCCAGCAGCCGUUCCCGGUGCAGUCCGCCUUUUCUCCGCAGCAGCCUUUCCAAGGAGCCCAGGCCCCCUUCAUUACCCAGCAGCCUUUCCCAGCCCUUCAGACCGCCUACGCUACGCAGCAGCCCUUCGCUGCCCAGUCGUCUUUCCCAGUUCAGACUUCUUUUGUGGCUCAAGCCCCUUACGCAGCGCAGCCUUUCCCCUACGCCAUAGCCCCAGAGCACCCCAAACCCCCCACAGCUGAGCCCAGAGAGGGGGCCCCUUCACGCUCCUCCACCCCCGCCUCGGGGGCCCGGGAGCCCACCACGUCCCCUCCGCUGUUUGAAUCUCGCUGCAGCUCGCCCCUGCAGCUCAACCUGCUGAGCAUGGAGGAGGGACAGCGUUCGGUUGAAAGGCAGGACAGCGCAGCGGGCCCGUCCGGAGGUCAGGGCGGCGCUUCAGCGGCGCUACCGGGGGCAGCAGGGGACAAGAGCGCGGGUGCAGCUAAGACUGACAAUCACCAACAGGAACCCAGAGGAGACGGAGCUCACAGCGAUGGAAACUCCUCAUCCUGCGAUCUGCUGGACAUCCUGUUGCAGGAGCAGGAGGACGCUCACUCUGGUACCGGAUCAGCCACCUCCGGCUCCAUGGGCUCCGGUUUGGGUUCCGGAUCUGCAUCCGGCUCUGGCUCCAAUGACUGUCGGACCUCAGUUAGCGGAGCGUCUGGCAGCCGAACAGGGAGCAGCAACACCAGCAAGUACUUCGGCAGCAUCGACUCUCUGGAGCAUGACACCAAGAGGAAAGGCAAAUUAAGAAGCGAAGGAGGCUCAGAAAGCAGCAAGUCCCAGAAAAAAGCCUCGGUUCAGGGCGAAGGGGAGCAUUUCAUCAAAUACGUCCUGCAGAAGCCGCUAUGGCUGCUCAUGGCCAACGCCGACGAUGAGGUCAUGAUGACGUAUCAGAUGCCACCCAGGGACAUCCAGCGGGUGCUGAGGGAAGAUAAGGAGAGGCUGAGGCAGAUGCAGAAGAGCCAGCCUCACUUCACCUCAGAGCAGCGGAGAGAGCUGGUGGAGGAGCAUCCCUGGAUGAGGAGAGGAGGCCUCCCUGCAGCUAUCAAUGUGAAGGAGUGCAUCUACUGUGAGGACGCCGCAGCGGCGGCCGGACCCAUUGAGGAGGAUCUACCCGACAUGGAUCUGGGCGAGCUGGGCGACGACCUGAGCAGAGAGGGCCAGAGAGGCCAGAGCCAAUCAGAGGAGCCUAAAGCUCAGCAGGAUCAUGGCUCCUGAACGGGGGGGGGGGGAGCGAUUCCAACAUGGACCCAUUUAGGCUCGCAUUGACAUUCUGGCUGUGCGGCUGAGAAUCCGGACUGAAACACGCACCAUGAGAAGAGCGCUGUGUUGCCAUAGUGAUCCAGGAGGAGGUGUGCCAGUGGCGUGUUUGUUUGUCUGUGUGUUCUGCCCACGUGCAGUUCCUGAUAUCCCCCACCGGGGGGUGGUAGAGCGUUGUAGCCUGAACCUACCUUUAGUAUUUCUCCCAUUUCACAAACAAAAAGGGUCUCUGAAAUCUCUUGGCGCCUUUUUAUGGAGCUGUUUUCCCUCUAAUCAGAUACAGGGCAUUUAUUCUCAUACAGGUGAAGCUGAAGCUCUCUAAACUUUGUAUUAUAUCUUAGUAAUAUAUACAUUUUUCUAGAUAUUAUUUUUAUAAAAAAAAGUGUUAAAAAAACUCUGUGAAGCGUCUCCAGUUUCCUGUUACACGUCCUGCUGGUGUUUGAUUCCCUGCUGAAGCCUUUAAAUCCCAUCAACCCCCCCCCCCCAUCAGGAAUCAUGUAAAUUAAAUUAGUCGACGGUUGUUGGAUGUUUCAUUAAUAGAUAAUUUUUUUUUUAUAUUCUUGGACCUCAGUGUGUGAAGUAUAUGAUAGAAUAUACGGGCCACACUGAUACAAAUAUUUAUAAAAGUUUAUUAUUUUUUUUUAUCAGUUGUGAAAAAUGCUCCUAAUAUUACAAGAACUAAGUCAUAAUAUUGGGUCUUUAAUAUUAAAUAAUCAAAUUAUAAAAAAGGAUAAACUUGAAUUUUAGACUACAGGGAUAAAACUGUAACAUGAAGAGAUUAAAGACACACUUUGAGUUCCGUAAAUUCCAGACUAUAGAGCGCACCUGAUUACAAGCCGCAUGCUCUAAUUUUAGAAAGAAAAUCAAUUUUGUGCUUUUAUAAGCCGCACCGGAUUUUAAGCCGCAGGUUUCCCGCAUUGUACGAGAUAUUUACAAAUAAAGAUGAGCAUUUUUUUAACGUUUGAUUUAAUCCGUAUCAUAAAACAAACAAAUACGGUACAUAUUAUUAAUCCUUUUUUUUCAAACUACCUGUAACACAUUUAAAUAUACGUAUGUGUCGCUAACACGCAGAUAACGCUGCAUAUACCCGUACUUUUAAUUGAACGACGCACAGAACAUUGCAGCCGACCAGGAAAAGUCAUUAAUCACUUUCUUCUUCCUCCUGCGAACUAAAACCCUCAAAGUCCUCUUCCUCGGUGUCUGAAUGGAACAGCUUCAGGAUGCUGUCACUGACUUCAGUCGCUCUCACUUGGGCGCUCGCGGUCCUCUUCAUCCCGCAGCAGCCCAAAAAACAUGUAUUAGCUGCACUGUAUUAUAGGCCGCAGCGGGAAAAAAGUAGCGGCUUAUAGUCCAGAAUUUACGGUAAAUUAAACACCAAUUAUUAGGAGAUCAAAGCGGUAAAAAAUAGACGUAUCCCAAAAAAACCAAACAAAUGUGUACCAAGUUAUCAAAGGUGUAUAUUUACACGAAUGUCAACAACAAAAUACAACAUUAUAACAUUUUCUAAAAGUACUUUAAAUCAGUUAUAUCUGUCUUUAUCCAUGCUGGCUCAGAUCCUGACGUUUGAAAAAGGAGGCAGAGAAAGCAGAAUAAAGCCUUAGCCUCGCUGCAUGCUGUUAGCCUAGCCUUGUUGCUAACUAAUUCUAUAAACCUGUCAAUCAGCUGCACUUUAUGAGAGACGUCAGCGCUGUGGUGGGAGGUGGAGUGAAAAUAAAGCUGCUUUCAGCUCUGCAGGAAAGCUGCUCCCUGGGACGAACAUUUAACCAAAGUCUAUGCGCGAAGAUUUUUGCGCCAACGGCGGAAACGCGUCACCAAUCCGACGACGAACAAAAAUUUUUUACUCAUCAUUAAAGAUUAAAUACUGAUCUUGCAGAUCUAAAAAAUAUAUUAAUAUAUUGUGCAAUAUUUAAGUUUUAUAAUUGAAGUUUGUUUAUGUCUUUAUCAAGGUCAUUGUGUGGGUGAGGCGGCGCCCUAGCGCCCUCUAUUGGCCUGCCGCUACUGAAUGUUAUAAUAAUGCA